UUCCUCAAAGUGGCUCUUUCUCGACAGUUCUGCGAAAACCUCCUAGCCCAUCCAAGGAGGAAACUUAUCCAUGAGGGACCACUCGAAUUAGUCGAGAACGGUCGAACAGUGGAUUGCUACGCAUUCCUUUUCAACGACAUGUUCGUUCUGUCAAAGCCGAAGAAAUGUGCCACCAAAUUACGAGUGAAAGGGGCACCCGUUGGUAAGAGCGAUCACUAUGUCGUCCAACGACAACCGGUCCCAUUGGAUUCGUGUGUGUUCUGCGAUGCGGACUCGAAUGACUCGAAUAGUUCACUUUCACUCAAAUUUGCCUUCGUAAUUAUUCAUCUCACUCGUUACUACCAAGUCGUUGCUAUUUAUACCCUUCAGGCUGCUGAUAAGCGUGAUAAGGAGCUUUGGAUAGAAAAAUUCCAAGAAUCGAUCGAGAAUUACGAAUCAAUACAGCUCAAAGACAUGCUGAAAUGCACGCCGUUAUUCUCCAGCCUAUCAUUGAGAAGGUGUUCCUCGUCGCGGUUAAUGACGAAGCACGGGAAGCAAAAAGACAAGGAUGGCAGCGAUACCGAGGAAAGGAAUGAUUAUUGA